GGCCUCCUGGAGAGGAAUGUCCAGAAGCGUUUGGUCGACCCCGAGGUGCUGAAGAAGCACCCCUACUUCGCCAGCAUCGAUUGGGAGAAGCUCAACAGACUCGAGAUCACCCCUCCCUUCGUGCCAGCGGUCAAGGGCGACGACGACACGAGCCAGAUCGAUCCGACCUUCACCAGGCAAAAGCCAGCGCUGUCGAUCGCCGGCGAGGAUGUGCUCAGCAAGACGGCCCAGCAGCAGUUCAUGAACUUUACGUGGGUCGCCGACUCCGAGCUAUCUCUCGACAAAGACUAA